AUGACUUUCGGAGCGUGUUGCUCGCCCAGCCGCGCACAAUUCGUCAAAAAUAUAAAUGCGGAACGGUUCACAGAAAAGUAUCCAAAAGCGGUUGACACCAUCAUCAAACGUCACUAUGUGGAUGACAUGUUAGUGAGCGUGGAGACGGAAGAGGAAGCUAUUCUUUUAGCGCAUCAAGUAAAAUACGUACACUCUCAUGGCGGGUUUGAAAUCCGUAACUGGAUAAGCAACUCCCCGGCAGUACUGCAAUCACUCGGAGAAAUUGACACGAAGACGAAGAAUCUAGACGUUUCAGCUGAACUAGCUACGGAGAAAGUAUUGGGACUAUGGUGGUGCACUCAAAAAGACACGUUUACGUUCAAAAUAGGAUGGACCCGUUAUGACGAAGCGCUGUUGACUGGAAGACGACGACCCUCGAAGCGCGAAGUGUUGAAAGUGCUCAUGACAAUUUUUGACCCCCUCGGUAUGAUUGCUCACUUCCUUAUCUUUUUGAAGGUUUUAUUGCAAGAAAUUUGGCGAUCUGGUAUUCAAUGGGAUGAAGAAAUCAAUGACGUUCUAUUUUUCAAAUGGCAAACUUGGCUACAAGUGCUACCAGAAGUCGAAAGCGUUCAAAUACCUCGAUGCUACAAUGCUCAAAAAUCUCCAAACAGUGACGUAGAACUGCACACAUUCGUUGACGCUAGUGAGAACGCAUUUGCUGCCGUGUCAUAUCUUCGUUUCAAUGAUAGUGAUGCAGUUGAAUGUGUAAUUGUUGCGGCAAAAACACGAGUAGCUCCACUGAAAUUCCAGUCUAUACCUAGGCUUGAGCUACAAGCUGCAGUUCUAGGAGCACGAUUGGCGCAGACCAUACUGGAAUCCCUAUCCUUUGGAGUAGCACGCCGUUGCUUUUGGAGUGAUUCCCGAGACGUAUUGUGUUGGAUCAAUUCGGAUCACCGUCGCUUUACACAAUUUGUAGCCCACCGUGUUAGUGAACUACUCGAUACCACGGAGGCAAGGGAGUGGCGCUGGGUGCCAACGAAAGACAACGUCGCAGAUGAUGCCACCAAAUGGCAGGGACGACCUGAUCUGACCGUUGGUAGUAGAUGGUUUACUGGACCUAGAUUUUUAAGGCAGCCCGAAGCGGAGUGGCCGCAACAAACUCAAGUCCACAAAGCAACACGAGAGGAGCUGCGUACCCAUCUGGUUGCCCAUAUCUCACCGGUAUCACCAGCAAUUCCUAUCACAGACUACUCUAACUGGAGACGACUAAUCAAAGUAAUCGGCUUCAUACUUCGUUUUCCGGACAACUGUCGACGCCGGAUUCAGGGUCAAGCUAUCACCAAUGGUCCAUUACGUACAGAGGAAUUACGCGCAGCCGAAAAUAGUGUCUUUCGGUUAGUUCAACGAGAGUCCUACGCUGCGGAAAUUUCUAUCCUAACCCAAGGCAAGCAGAUCCCACAAAACAGUCAACUUUACAAAUCAACCCCGUUUCUGGACGACGACGGAGUACUGCGGAUGCGAGGCCGCACUUCCGGCUGUGCGUUCAUAAGCGAAGAAGCAAAAAAUCCAAUAAUCCUACCCCGUGAUCAUCAUGUUACCACUUUAAUCAUAGCACAUUAUCAUGCCAAAUACCACCACCUCAACCAAGAAACUGUAGUAAACGAAUUACGCCAGAAAUAUGUAAUCUCACGAAUCCGUGUAUGCUGUGCCAAGGUGAGAAGGAAUUGUCAGCGCUGCAAAAACCAUCGAGCUAAACCCUGUCCUCCAAUAAUGGCAGACCUGCCUGCCGCAAGUCGGGAGUUCGGUACCCUUAGCGGUGGUGCUGCUGUUGCUGUCGUUGCUGGUCAGUUAAAAUUCGCUUUCAUUAACCCCGCUCGGGAAGCUAAAAUUGUUAUUACUCAACCCGGAGCAGCUGUUUCUGCCGUUACAGAUACAAACGGCAGCGCGAAUCCGGCCAAAAGCGCAGACAGCCGGCCGUAA